UGAUGGAAUUUCUAUGUGCUAGGGCAACGCGAGUAAAUAUCGCGACGUCACAAAAAUUAUCAAUUGCAGCACUCAGAUCUCAUAAAGAAAGCUUUUGCUCUACCGGGUUGGUUUCAUGGACAAUUAUUAAUUUGUCCCACACCACACACAUGAAAUAAAUCAUUUAAACACCACCAUGAGCUAAAACCCGAAACAUUCUUUCACUCCACCAUCACCAUCGUCCGGACGCGGCCUUCUAUCUACGCGAUCCUUUUUAUCGCAAGGCUAUAUCGCCUAUUCCUCUCUUUCAAUUCAAUUUUUAUCGAUUCCAUAUACCGAGCUUGGUUUCUGCAAUAAGCCAUGUCUCUCUUUGGGCAGCGCCCUUCGGGCUUUGGCACUCCUGCGAAUACCCUUGGUCAAAACCAGGCCCCUACCACAUCUUCCCUCUUCAGUCAGCCCCAAAUGCAGCAGCAGCAGCAACAACAACCUCAGAACCAACAGCAAUCCAAUCCGUUCGGUGGAAGUUUAUUAGGUGGAAAUACGUUUGGCCAACAACAACAGCAGCCUCAGCAACAGCAGCAACAGCCGUCUAAUGCCUUCGGUGGAAGCUUGCUAGGCCAGACGCAAAUCCAGCAACAACCACAGCAGCAGCCUGGAGGUCCUGGCUUCAUGAAUGCGAGUCAAGGACCGGCGCAGCGUUCCAGCUUGAUUUGGGAACCAGGUCGCGAGUCGCUGACCCACAAGCCCGUCACCGAGCAAAUCGAAGGAAUGCUUUCGAAAUGGUCUCCUAACAAUCCUAACACCGUUUUCAAAUACUACUUCUACAACAAGGUCGACCAGGCGCGCGUUCCCUUCUACCAACCCUCAUCCGCAGAAGAUCCUCGAGAAUGGGAGCAAGCCGUCCACGACAAACCGGGUCCUGGCUACAUGCCUGCUUUCGCCACUGGCUUUAAGGCAGUCAGUGAGCGCCUUAUCAUGCAGAAGCAAGUGUUAGGAAACUAUAGACAGGCUCUACACUCCAUCAACUCUAGUCUAGACGCAAUUCUCUCGCAACAUGACCUCCAAACAAGCGUGCGAACCCUUAACGCCCGACGAAAGCAUGCGAUGCUACGGCAAAGAUGUCUCGCGCUGGCAACCAAGGUGCAGGUCCUGCGCAACCGUGGAUAUUCUUUAGACAAGGAAGAAGACGAACUAAAGACGAAGUUAGAGACUCUUGACCGAGGCGUAACAGACCCGGCCCUAAGCGCACGAACAGAGGAACUCUGGAGCCGCCUAAUAAUGCUGCGGGGAUAUGCUGAUAGCCUUCAACAAGAGGUUACCCAACGUGGCGCGGAAACGCAGGAAGGUAUUGGAGAGGAGAACGAGGCACAAGCUAGAGAGAUCCUAGAGAAGUUUGACAAGCAAUUGCAGUCACUCAAGACCGCACUAGAACAAGUCAAAAAGGAUUACGACGAGUGGACCGAGGCAAAUCCGUCUCCGAAGAAGUAGUACAAUCGGAAGAGGCGACAUGAAAGGAAGGGCCUUGAUUCCAAUAUCGUAUGAAAGAAAUGAUCCAUUAAUGCGAGUGGACGUUCGGCUACAGGAACCUUGGAAGUUUGGGUGAUCUGUACCAAUAGGAAUUGGCCGUAGGAAACCGCAUCAAAGCCCGGCGUUAGGGGACGUCUACUUUCGAUAUAAAAGGAUGGCAUACUGGGGCUUUCUCCCAAACACACUCUGGUCUUGUGACUGUGACUAGGGACUUGUGCACUUCUCAACUUUCAA